AUGGAGGGAAUCAUUCGUCCCGUUGCGCGGCAAUUAUUGAGAUCGCGAGCUCGGUAUCCCUUCGCCAUUCCUACGCUUCAAUCAAAACGAUUAUAUUCAAAGACCCAUUAUGUCCCUCGGCUAAACGACCAAUCCCUUUUCAUUGAGAAAGCGUACGUCAAUGGACAAUGGGUGGAUGCAGAGUCAGGGAAAACAUUCGAAGUUCAUGAUCCCGCCUCCGGAAAGCUCAUUGGCACCUGUCCUGAAUUCGAUGUCCUUGAUACAGAAAAGGCCAUUGAGGCCGCCUCAGCAGCAUUUCCCAAGUUCCGCACAACCCUAGCGCGUGAGCGUGCUCGGAUGCUGCGGCGAUGGUAUCAGUUGAUGAUGGAUAAUGCGGAGGACCUUGCAACAUUGAUCACAUGGGAGAACGGAAAACCGUUGGCAGACGCAAAGGGCGAGGUGAACUAUGCGGCUAGCUUUUUUGAAUGGUUCAGUGAGGAGGCACCCCGUAUCUACGGCGACACUAUCCCUUCAUCGGUGCCCGGUAACAGGGUCAUCACUCUCAAGCAGCCUGUGGGUGUCUGUGGCCUGCUUACUCCAUGGAAUUUCCCCGCGGCCAUGAUCACAAGAAAGAUCGGUCCUGCGCUGGCGGCCGGGUGUACAGUUGUGUGCAAGACACCUAGUGAAACGCCCUUCACCGCAAAUGCUCUUGCGGAACUUGCCCACCGUGCCGGCAUCCCUAAAGGCGUGGUCAAUAUUGUGACAGCAUCCAAGAACACACCGGAAGUGGGUGAGGUGAUCACCACCCAUCCUGAAGUUCGCAAGGUCUCUUUCACUGGUUCGACCAAUGUCGGCAGGCUUCUCAUGAAGCAAGCCUCUUCAACAAUUAAGAAGGUAUCCUGGGAACUUGGCGGAAACGCCCCUUUCAUCGUCUUCGAUGAUGUGGAGGAUCUGGAUGCCGCUGUCACCGGAGCUAUUGCCUCCAAAUUCCGCAGCUCAGGCCAAACAUGCGUCUGUGCAAACCGUAUAUAUGUUCAGCGGGGUGUCUAUGAUGAAUUUACCAAGCGGUUUGCUGCAAAGAUCAAGGACUUCAAGCUUGGCGCCGGUUUCGAGGACGGUGUCACUCAUGGCCCUGUUAUCCACGAACGGGCCAUCGACAAGGUUGACCAGCACGUCAAGGAUGCCCAGUCUAAGGGCGCCAAGGUCCUCGCUGGAGGCAAGAGAGUGCCCGAGCUGGGCCCCAACUUUUACGAGCUGACUGUGUUGGCGGAGAUGAACAAAGACAUGCUGAUCGCCUCUGAGGAAACAUUCGGUCCUGUGGCAGGAUUGUUCCCCUUUGAGACGGAACAGGAAGUUGUCGAGCUGGCUAACAAGGCUGAGGUUGGGCUUGCCGGUUACUUCUUCAGUGGUAACGUAAAGCGUAUCUUCCGAGUUGCCGAGGCACUCGAGGUUGGUAUGGUUGGUGUCAACACGGGUCUGAUAAGUGAUGUUGCUUCCCCAUUCGGUGGUGUCAAACAGAGCGGCUUCGGCCGCGAGGGCAGCAAGUACGGCAUCGAGGAGUUCCUGACGAUCAAGAGUGUGACAUUUGGUGGCAUGGGUGAACCUUUGCAGUCUUGA